AUGUCGAUUACAUACGAAGAUGCGUUGUCAACGCUGGAGGCCAUGUUUGGGGCUCCUUGGACUCGAGAGACCCUAGAUACUGUCCUCCGUCAUGAAAAAGGUCACAUGGAAAACACUUGCGAACGUAUUUUGAAUCAUGGCGAUAAGGAUCCUCAAAUUCUGGUGGAUCGUCUACAAUCGGGAGAACCUGACCCACAGCAGGCCAUUGAUGAAGCCUUGGCCCUACAAUUGAGUGCUCAAGAACAAGGAGGUGGAAGAGGAGGAGGGAGUCGGCCAGCACCAGCUACUUCCGGCAAGAAGAAAGCACAAGCCGCCGCCGGCCAGAAAGGAAGAGGCGUUCCCACUUCAUUGCCCGACGACUUUUUGCGAGUGCCUGGUUUUAAAAUACCGGCCAAUGCAGGAGCUUCUGCUGCGGCAACGCCCAUGGACGAUGAGAGUUUGGCACGCAUGUUGCAGGACGAACUCUUUUCCGAAGAAUUGGCAAGAAAUCCCGAUUUUGCCCACUUGGCUCGUGGACGAGGUGGAGGAAGGUCUGCUCCAGCACAACGGAGAUCUAAUGCAACAGCACCACCACCGAAUCCAUUUGAAGGUGUCAAUGUGAUGGAGAAGCUAUCAGAAAUGGGCGACAAUACCCGCCGACGCCUCCAAAUCAUGGCCCGCAACUUUGAAUUGAAGCUCAAUGCCAACAAGGCACCAGUAGGUGGCGGUGGUGGUACUGGCAUACCGGAGAAUACUAGUUCGGCAGCAGAACGUAGAGGAUUGUUGGACGAUGAUGAUGAUAUGGAACAAAUUGAAUUUGAAAUGCACAAGAAGCGUGCGUAG